AUGGAGAGCGCGGCGACGUUUCGAGAGGACGCGAUGCGAGAACGGAAACGACGGGAGGCGGUGGAGACGCGGGCGGGAGAGGCGGAGAAGGCGGUGGAGACGUUAACGCGCGAGCGCGCGGCGUUGAGGUACUCGCACGAAAAGUUAAAGGAGGAGAGCGAGGGGGCGAGGGAAGAGGCUCGGAGGCAGAUUCGAGGUCUGAAGGAUAAGUUGAAGCGCACGCUCGAGCGUGAAUCUAAGCAGCGGCGACGCGCCGUGGCGACGCUCAAGGUGGCGCUCGACGCGUUGCGGUCGUUCGCGCCGACGGCGCCGAGCGGUCGCGCGUUGGGAGGAUCCGCCGUGAGCACCGUGAUCGCCGAGCUGUCGUCGCUCACGGAGUCCAUCGCGCUGAGAGAUGAGACGGCGGCGAUCGACGACGAGGCGCCGCCGGGGGCUCGAGCGAUUCCGUCGUCUUGGAACGUGGCGGAGAUGGAACGCGCCAAGGCGCGAAUAGACGUCUUAGAGCGCGAGCUCGAGGACGCGCACGAGAUCAUCUCCAUCUCGGAGAAGGAACGCGUGAUUCUCGAGCGCGAAAUCGCGUCGUUGAGACGGGAAAUCGCGUCCCAAGCCGCGCGGCACGACGACGAUUUGCGGGCGGCGACGGAGGCCACGGCGCACGCCAUCCGCGUCGUUCAGGAGCGAAACAACGAAGCACAGACGCCUCCACGAUCGCGACGAGAUCCAACGACGGACGACACGCCGUCGCCGCGCGCGGACUCUCCCCCGUCGCCGCGCUCGAGGGAUCUCGAUCUGCGAGCCGACGUCGCCGCGCUCGAGCGCGAGUUGUCGCGUCUACGGACGUCGAUGCACGACGCCCUCGCCGACGUCGACGGCGCGGUGUCGUGA